CAAAAAGAAAUGCUUACUCAAGAGAAAGAUCGUUGAAGAGAUAACUAGGGUUAGGAAAAGUUACCAGAUCUGAAAAAAGAGAGAAUGACUACUGAUGAGGGAGAAGGGGCUGGAUCUUAAUAUAUAUAUAUUCAAGCUAAAUUUGGACCUAACAGAUUAAAUUAAAAGUUAAAAUCUCAUAUUUAAAGUAUAUAUUAAUCAUUAUAGACCAACAGUUAUAUCAUUGGCGUUUAAAAUGUGAUCCCUUUGAUACAUCCAAGGGUUGAAAUUAGUGGUGGGUGGAUAGAGAGAGGUUUGGUAGAUUAUUAGAGUAGAGAUUGUCUACAGCAACAUAAACAGCGAAACAGGGUUUUGGUUAGGGUUACGUCGCAAAUCGCAAAUCGCAAGGAAGAGAAGGAACAGUGAAAUUCUGCAUUCACAUUCAAUUAGGGUUUUUCUUUUCGUUAUCGGAAAUGGCUCGAAACGAAGAGAAGGCGCAGUCGAUGCUGAACCGCUUCAUCACGAUGAAGGCGGAGGAGAAGAAGAAGCCGAAGGAACGCCGUCCGUUCCUUGCUUCGGAGUGCCGCGACCUGUCGGAGGCCGACAAGUGGCGCCAGCAGAUCAUGCGCGAGAUCGGGCGGAAGGUGGCGGAGAUUCAGAACGAGGGUCUGGGCGAACACCGCCUGCGCGACCUCAACGACGAGAUCAACAAGCUCAUUCGGGAGAAGUCUCAUUGGGAGCGACGAAUCGUGGAGCUCGGCGGGCCCAAUUACGCCAAGCACUCGGCCAAAAUGACAGACCUCGACGGCAACAUUGUCGACGUUCCCAACCCGGGCGGGCGCGGCCCCGGUUACCGAUAUUUCGGCGCGGCGAAGAAGCUUCCCGGCGUCAAGGAGCUCUUCGAGAAGCCCCCGGAGCUCCGCAAGCGGCGCACGCGGUAUGACAUUUAUAAGCGGAUUGAUGCGAGUUAUUACGGUUACCGUGAUGACGAAGAUGGCGUGCUGGAGCGGCUGGAGGGCCCGGCGGAGGAUGAGAUGCGGCGGGAGGCGGCAGAGGAGUGGAGGAGGUUGGAUGAAGUGAGGAGGGAGGCGAGGAAGGGGGUGAAAAGUGGGGAGGUGGCAGAGGUGUCGGCGGUGGCUAGGGAGAUGCUGAGGGAGGAGGAGGAGGUGGUGGAGGAGGAGAGGCAAAGAGAGGAGGAGGAGGAGAAGGAGAAGAGGGAGUUUAUUGUGCACGUGCCGCUGCCGGAUGAAAAGGAGAUUGAGAGGAGGGUGCUGGAGAAGAAGAAGAUGGAGCUGUUGAAUAAGUAUGUGAGUGAGGGGCUUAUGGAGGAGCAGACCGAGGCCAAGGACAUGCUCAAUAUUCAGCGUUAGCGGGACUGUGCGGGAAAUUGCAGAUAUGAUCGUGGACAAAUGCGCGAUGACUUCAAAAAUCUUGCCCAAAAUUGUGGUAGAUUCUGCACUUGGGGCAAUUUGUAUCUGGCUAAAGUCCCGAACUUAUUGACAUCAUUAGAACAUCAUUAGAAGGCACGCAGCUGCCGAAGAUGUUAGUGUGAGAUUCAGUAAUCUGGCUAUAGCUUUUUUGAAUAAACAUCUAUCAAGGAACGAGUGAGAGACAGAAUUUAAACUUUUUUGCUCACAAUUUACACUGCCUUCUACAAUUAAGUAUGUACUGUUAUUCAAACUGAGUCUUGUAUUUGGGGCGUCCUCUUAGUAUGUCUGUGAACAAACGCAAUUAUUCCCUUGGGCUGGGUUGAA